AGGUUUCACCGGAAGUUGUGCUUUAAUGUUGCUGUUUGAACACUCUUGGAAAGCAACGUCUUGAAGCGGCCGUGUGAAGCUAACGGAAAGAUUUGUCUGGGUUUAUUGAGACAGUACAAUAAUACUGAUCAGACAGCAGCAGGAUGAACAGCGCAGCUAUGUAUCCCCCUCCCACCGCCCCCAUGGCCGACAUGUUUGGCAACGUGCCCGGCUAUGAAGGCACCGUGGCAGGAGGAGGAGGUUACCUCCCCCCUCCUAUGCCCAUUGAGCCUGUUGCCCCGCCCCAGCCCGGCCCUGUACCUACCGACUGGAGCAUCCCCUCUCUGUCGGAGGAUGUGGCUCGUGAGGCGUUCAAAGGUUUUGUGUCGUCACACUGCUGCUAUAGUAAAGGUCCUGUCAACGAUGGAGUCAUCACCAAAAUGGAGCCAUACAACACCUACAGGUAUCGACUGGAGACGUUCGCUGAGUCCAGGUCAAAUGAGUGGGCCCAUAAACCUCAUGAAGGUGAGCCGGCUGACUUCUACACCCAGACCGCCCCGCGGCCCUGGGAGGUCCCGACGACGCCUCCCAGCCUCUUCACCGAUCACACGGAGCAGAUCCGCGUGCCCUACACCUCCUCCAUCAAGGAUUGCCACAGCUGCCAUGCCACAGGGACGAUGCCGUGUAAAGAGUGCAAAGGCGAUGGAUGUAAACCGUGCUGGGUGUGUCACGGCUCUGGGAAGAAGGGUGAUGACGAGUGCUCUAGCUGUAAUGCUACAGGCAAAGAGCGGUGUAGAACGUGUGAUGGUAAGGGAGCGAAGAAGUGUGAAACCUGUGAAGGAAAACGACAACUGCUGACCUACAUCAACCUCAAAGUGGAGUGGACUAACCAUGUGGAGGACCACCUGGUGCAGCAGAACUCUGGCUUGGAGGUCGAGGAUCUUCGUUCAGUGACCGGGAAGGAGCUGUUCAAGAACAACCAGUAUCUGCUCUACCCGCUGCUCGGGUUCCCAAACCCGGCCAUCUCUGAGGCCUCUGAUCGUAUGAUCAGAGAUCACCAAAGCAAGUACGCGCAGACCUCCAGGAUCCUGCAGCAGAGGCAGACAGUGGAGCUGAUCCCCAUCACUAAGGUGAACUACAAGUGGAAAAGCGACUCUCACGACUACUUGGUCUACGGCAAUGAGCACCAAAUCAGCGCCGACAAUUAUCCAGCAACCUGCUGCUGUGUUAUCCAGUAGACACACACACACACACACAUGUGCCCAUGUUAUGUGUACGUUCAGUAUGUCAGUAUGUUCUGACUCUACCUCCUGCUCGGAGGCCCUGAUGCUCCGCCAGGUGUCCUGAUGAGAGAAAAUCAUUAAUGAAUCAAGAAUGACAUUUUAUCUUGAUACAUUUUUAAUCCAGAUGUGUGGACACCUGUGUUGACCAUCAUUUCUCCGACAACAUGACACCACUUAACAACUUAACUGGCCUGUGAAAACUCAGGCCAGUAUGUGCUUAUUAAUGUCUUCAGUAUUGCAUAGAAAAUGCAUGUGUCCAAAAUAUUGCUGUUAUUAUUUUCUAUAAUAUUUCUCUUUCUUUCUGAAGUUUUCCUUCUGACAUCUGAAGCCAGAAAAAGAUCAGUCAAACAUGAGAAAACGGCCAAUUUAUGAUAUGUGCUUUAUAAUAUUUUAUCUGUGUAUGUGUGUGGGGUUCACCUGGUGUCUACCUGUGGUUUAAUGUUAAAGUAAAAAGGUGUCCAAGCUAAAUGCUUCCGUGUCUUCACUGAAUAUUUGGCUUUAGAUCUUCUGUGACAUACUUUUAGUUUUUGUUAGUUAGUUAUAGAGCAUAACUGGUGUCAUGUCAGCUCUCCUGUAGAGGGCGCUGUAAGUGUUUAUCUGUGACAAACGGGACAACGCCACUUCAGGUUCCAAAACAGUCAAUCUCUAUAAACCCUCAUGUGAAAAUAACUUUACAGCAGACAUAAACACGUUUGCAGCCUUAAAAUAUAAUGGGCUUAAAGUUACGCAUUAGUAGGGCCGUGACUGGGUGGGUGGUGUCUCAGGUCACUAGGUGCUAGUUUUCUGCUCUGCUGCGUCACCCGUAGUCCGACAUGGCCCCUUUUUGGAGUUAGAUGGUGGAGUCACUGCCAAGAUAUUGACGGCCGUAGACGCCCACUCUCAGCUUCACAGCGGCUCAGAAACCUGUGGGUGGUACAGCCUGAGGUUUUACUGUUCAUGUGUAUGGCCUUAUACAGUACAUGCAUAUUUUUCAUAUAUAUGUUGUUAUUUUCUGUUUAUCUUCGAGGGUUUGAUUUAAGUUUUAUUUCAUCUGUUGUCAACAAUAGAAAAACACUUUAGCAGUCGACUGUUAAUUCUUGAUGCGUUCUUGAACACGAUGUUAAAGCUUUAAAACAUUACUGUGAUUAACAAACAUCUCUGUAUUACUCUUGUUAUUACUCCCUUGUAUUACUCUUGUUAUUACUCCCUUGUAUUACUCUUGUUAUUACUCAGUAAUACUGUUACACUAGACUAUUAAUCGUAUGUUACUGUUAAAGCUGAAAUAAACUCUGAGACUCA